AUGGUAUCAUCAAAUUCUGAUCAGAUACCCAUGACGCGUCAACAAUUACAUCGAUAUACAGAUGGUGGCGUAGAUAGCAAAAAUCGCGCAUUCUACAAGAUCUCUCCUUAUGUAUUGGUACAUGAGUUGGAACAAGGACAAGCAAAAAUCGCGCAUUCACAUCGAGAUACAAAUUCUAACAAAGAUGGCAAAGAUCACGCAAAAUAA